ACGCCUCAUGGCAGGAGGCUUGAAUGCUACAAAUGGCCAGAACAGAGCAAUGAGGCAGAAGCCAGCCCCAGGCAUUCCAUCCGUUGUGAGCGGAGAAGAGAGACGAUAAGAGCAAGAAGAUAAUGAUAGGAGUGGUAAGCUAGCCAGUUCGUCGUUCUAGCCUGAGGCCAGAGGCAGGAGAAGCCAACCAAGAAUCGAGUCGCUGCUGCCUCUUCUCCGCCAGGCCGCGCUGGUGCCAACAGAGGCAAGAAAACCACCGAGAGGAUGGAGAAACUCCGCCCAGCGGUACUGCUGCUGCUGUUCUUCAUUGGAGUACAGUUUCCAUGUGUUUCUCCCCCGACUGUGUACGCUGAUGCUGCGGGAAGGGCAGACCUCGCCUCCGCACACACCCCCAAGGACACCAAUUUCCCAGCGCCAAACAGAAAAUGCACAUGUGAAAUCGAGAGUUUUUGCACUCCGAGCACAGAGUUAGCCAAGGCUGUUCCUUGGAUAGCCUUCAUCUUAUCGAGUGGCGUUUCACUUGUUCCAGCUAUCCGUGUUGGGAAGCUAGGACCAGAUGAUCAAGGUGGUUGCCAUACCUUAUUCUGGUGGUUUCUAAUCUUCAACCUUUGGGGCUACAUCAUGUGGAACGUAUACACCGAAUCGUGUAACCGUUUUGACCCAAUCCGAGUGGCAUCUUUUAUUGGGGCCGCAAUAAGUUUUGUUCUUUUUGUCAAAGCGUACAAGAAGCUUCCAAAGAGAGGGGUGGAUUUGAGAUUGUAUAACACAUUUCACACGGUCUUUGGGUUCCUCUUAUUCACUGCUGUUGUAAGGACGCAAGCCGGUCUCCUCGGUUGGAGUUGCCUAGGAGUUACCGUCGUUGCACAUUUCUUCAGGAUAAGUGCCACUGACUACACUCAAUUCAACGUCGUACUGUUUUGCGCAUCAAUUAUUGGAACUAUUAGUGGCUUCCUUUGGCUAGUCCACCCAGACCUGUGUAUUGCGAAGCAUUACAAAAUUACUUCAUAUAUUGUCAGCUGUCUCCGGGGGCUCGAGACUUUCAUGUGGUGCGCUCCAAAAAUCGCACAGAUAUUGGCCACGCUGGAGGGUCACCAUAGGAAUGAAUGAGGAUCCAGUUGGCAGUAAAAAGAACUCCGGUGGAUGCAGAAUCAAGCUAGAGACGCUUAUCAUCUGGAUUUAUGUUUUUAUUCAUGCAUACCGAAGUAUUUUACAUCAACGCUCAUUCGAUGCGAUGCGAAUAUUAUUUUUUACCAAGACUGAA